UAGCCUAACAUUGUUGGAAACAAACGUGCAUUUGUUCGGCCUGAUCGUGGAGGAAGCUUGGUCGGGGGUGGGGGCGGCAGUGGACCGGACUGGAGCGGUAGAUAUGCAAAGACAAAGCCGUCUAUUGGCUGCAGCUGUCUGGUACCCAGAGAGGAGGAUGGAUGGAGCGGAGACCAGGGGGAUGUAACAAGGAGUGGAGGAGCUCCUAGGCUAGCGUGAUACGGCACUGCGAGGAUGUGAUCUCAUUAGUACGGGCUUUAUGUAAAACCCGCCACCCCCAGCAGCUUGACAUUAAAAAAAAAGUUGGCAGAGUGGAGUAUGAUUCACCGACAAGCGAUAUUAUCCCAGGAUUUUUACUUUGGCCAACAUGAGAUCAUCAGACGAUGCACAUGCCACCAGCCUGUCUCCAUGAAUUGAAGUGCUUUCAGUUGACGAGUCAUUAUGCUACUGCACCUGUGUAGUGUUAAGAACUUGUACCAGAACAGGUUCCUGGGUCUGGCGGCUAUGGCGUCGCCCACGCGGGGCUCCCAGAACCGGCGGCGCUGCAAGGAGCCGGCGCGGUACAGCUACAACGCCGAGCAGUACCACAACGGCGAGGCCCACGGCGGCGGGGCCGCCCUGCCGCGCUCCACCAGCGACGCCGACCUGGUGACCUGCGACAGCCGCUCCACCCUCACGGUCAGCAGCUCCGUCUGCACCAUCGGCCAAUCGCAGGACAUCGUGCUCUGCUGGGACAUCAAGGAGGAGGUGGAUGCAGGCGACUGGAUUGGCAUGUACCUCAUCGAUGAGGUUCUGUCAGAGAACUUUCUGGACUACAAGAACCGCGGGGUGAACGGCUCCCACAGGGGCCAGAUCGUGUGGAGGAUCGAUUCCUGCUCCUACUUCGCAGAGCCGGAAACGAAGAUCUGCUUUAAGUACUACCACGGGGUUAGCGGAGCACUGAGAGCGACCACACCCAGUGUGACGGUGAAGAACGUAGCCACGCCGGUGCUGAAGCCUGUCACCAGUGGGGACGUCCCGUCCAACCGCGGCAGCCGCAGACUCAUCAGCUUCUCCCUGUCAGAUCUCCAGGCAGUCGGGCUGAAGAAGGGCAUGUUCUUCAACCCCGACCCAUACCUGAAGAUCUCUGUGCAGCCGGGCAAGCACAGCAUCUUCCCCUCCCUGCCCCAUCACGGCCAGGAGAAGAGGUCGGGCGUGGCCUGCAACACCAUCAACCCCGUGUGGCAACGGGAGCGCUUCAGCUUCGUGUCCCUGCCUACGGACGUUCUGGAGAUCGAGGUGAAGGACAAGUUCGCCAAGAGCCGGCCCAUCAUCAAGCGCUUCCUGGGCAAGCUGUCAGUGCCGGUGCAGCGGCUGCUGGAGAAGCACGCCAUCGGGGACCGCGUGGUGAACUACACCCUCAGCCGGAGACUGCCAACGGACCACGUCAGCGGGCAGCUGCAGUUCCGCUUCGAGCUGACCUCCCCCAUCCACCCAGAUGACGAGGAGGUGUCCGUCUGCUCUGAGCCCGACUGUGCGGUUCCCUCAGGCGAGCAGGUGGAGGAGGGGGCGGAGGAGCAGGUGGAGGUCCCGGCAGAGGCCGAUGAGCCUCCAGCCAGUGACGCACUGAGCUUGGACCCCGAGAUGCCUGAGCCCCCCACCUACGAAAACACUUUAGACGCGGGUACCUCCAUUCCACCUCCGGAUACCCUGCCGGAGGAGGUCGGCCCUGUGGGGCCCGCUGAGGAGGAUGUGGCCCCAGCAGCAGCCGACGAGGACCAGCCAGAGGACACCCCCCCGGAGGAGGCACAGAAGGAAGGAGGAAGCGAUGUGGAGGCUGAGGCCCCAGUGUUACCCACUCCACAGAAUGAGGAGGACGAUCAGGAACCGGCCAGACAGUCAGAGGAGUCAGGAGAGGUGGGGGCGACGGAGCAGGGGUCAGUGGUCAUCCCAGACCCCCUGGCUGAGGACACGGGCACGAGAGCCGAGGUGCAGGAGGCCGAUGAGUCGACCACGGCCGAGGGGGACGAGGACGGGGAGCAGAGCUCCCCCCUCAUGCGGGACACCCCUAAGCGUAAGAGCCGGCCGUGCUCACUCCCAGUGUCGGAGCUGGAGACGGUGAUUGCCUCAUCCUGUGGGGAACCAGAGACGCCACGCACCCACUACAUUCGCAUCCACCGGCUGCUCUACAGCCUGCCCUCCGCCCAGUGCGACAUGGAGGCCCCCGAGGAUGGCAGCGAGCUGGGCCCUGAGGAGCCCACGCUCAGGCCAGACGGGGACGAGGAGGACGGAGGCUCAGAGGCCACGGAUGCUGCGGAGGCACCCUGCGGAAAGGGACUCCCCCGGAGUCGGUCCGUCAAGGAGCUGUCAGAGCUGCUGGAGAGCGAGGGUGAGGGCGCCUCCCCCAGGCUGCUGCGGGAAAGCGAGUGUGAGUUCUGUGACACCUCCUACAGCACCUCCUGCUACAGCACCUCCUGCUACAGCACCUCCUGCUACAGUCCAUCAUGCCAUGAGGUUCGCGGCCACCCCUGCGGACAUCCGCGCUUCUCCUCGGCGGACAGCGCCCGCCUCUCUGAGAGCAACGUAUUCUCCUCGCAGGACGAGGAGGAUGAGAGCAGCGCUUUCGAGUCGGUGGCUGACUCACAGAGCCCGGGGGGGCUAGGAGACAGCGCCCCCUGCUGGCGGAGGGAGCUAGGCUCAACUGAUGGCUAUCCCAGGAGCAGCACGGAAAGUGGGGAGUCCCCAGUGGCCGGGCCCAGCAGUCAGACCGAAGGCAAUUGUCCCCUCCCUUGCAGCCACCCUGCUGUCAGUCAGCUUCCCACGCUGCGACCAGAUUCUCACCACUACCCCAUGGUCGACGAGCCACUGCCACCAAACUGGGAGGCUCGGAUCGACAGCCACGGGCGCGUGUUCUACGUGGACCACAUCAACCGCACCACCACCUGGCAGCACCCCAGCACGGCUGGCCAGUCCAACAGCAUCCAGAGAUCCGGCUCUGUGCAGCAAAUGGAGCAGCUCAACAGGAGGUACCAGAACAUCCAGAGGACCAUGGCCACAGAGGACGAAACGAACGGGAGGCGGCUGGAGCGAAUAGGCAGCACCGAUGCCGAGAAUGACUCUCCGCCACAGGUCAAUGAGCUCAGAAGAGAAGGCCCCACAUCCCCAGUCAGCAGCCAGAAGGUCAGCCUGCUUCUCCAGUGCCCAGCAGUCAAGUUCAUUGCCCACCCAGAGUUCUUCAAUGUGCUCCAUGCCAAUCACGGUGCCUACCGUACGUUCACCAACAGCACCUGCCUGAAGCACAUGAUCCUGAAAAUAAGGAGGGACACACGCAACUUCGAGCGCUACCAGCACAACCGUGACCUGGUGGCCUUCCUCAACAAGUUCGCCGACACACAGUUGGAGCUGCCGCGAGGCUGGGAGAUCAAAAGCGACCAGCAGGGCAAGUUCUUCUUCGUGGACCACAACAGCCGGGCGACGACCUUCAUCGACCCCAGGAUCCCGCUGCAGGACGGGCGCCUACCCAACCACCUCACCCACAAGCAGCACCUGCAGCGCCUGCGCAGCUACAGCGCGGGGGAGGCCUCUGAGGUAUCUCGGAGUCGAGGUGCCGCCCUGCUGAUGAGGCCUGGGAACAGCCUGGUGGCAGCCAUCCGGAACCAGCACCAUCAGGACCCUGUGCCACUGGCAUACAAUGACAAGAUCGUGGCAUUUCUCCGGCAGCCAAACAUCUUCGACAUGCUUCAGGAACGGCAGCCCAGCUUGAGCAGAAACCACACGCUGAGGGAGAAGAUCCAUUACAUCAGGACAGAAGGCACCCAGGGAGUCGAAAAGCUGUCGUGUGAUGCAGACUUGGUGAUGUUGUUGAGCCUGUUUGAGGAGGACAUAAUGUCGUACAUCCCACCGCAUUCCUUCCACCCUGGGUACAGCUUCUCGCCCCGAUGCUCACCAGGAUCCUCGCCCCAGAGCUCCCCAGCCCUACAGAGAGCCCGCGCCCCAGCCCCCUAUCGAAGGGACUUUGAGGCGAAGCUUCGCAACUUCUACAGGAAACUGGAGGCCAAGGGCUAUGGACAAGGGCCAGGAAAAAUCAAGCUGCUCAUCCGCAGAGAACACCUCCUGGAGGGCACCUUCAACCAGGUCAUGACCUACUCGCGUAAAGAGCUGCAGAGGAACAAGCUUUACAUCACCUUCGUGGGAGAGGAAGGCCUCGACUACAGCGGCCCUUCCAGGGAGUUCUUCUUCCUGCUGUCCCAGGAGCUCUUCAACCCCUACUACGGCCUUUUUGAGUACUCGGCCAACGACACGUACACGGUGCAGAUAAGCCCCAUGUCAGCAUUCGUCGAGAAUCACUUGGAGUGGUUCCGGUUCAGCGGCCGUAUUCUGGGCCUGGCGCUGAUUCACCAGUACCUGCUGGACGCCUUCUUCACCCGGCCUUUCUACAAGGCUCUGCUCAGGCUCCCAACUGACCUGAGUGAUCUUGAAUACCUGGACGAGGAGUUCCACCAAAGUUUACAAUGGAUGAAAGAUAACGAUAUCACCGACAUUCUAGAUCUGACUUUCACUGUGAACGAAGAGGUCUUUGGUCAGGUUACAGAGCGGGAGCUGAAGUCGGGUGGGGCUAACAUCCAGGUGACAGAGAAAAACAAGAAGGAAUACAUAGAGCGGAUGGUGAAAUGGAGAGUGGAGCGGGGCGUGGUUCAGCAGACAGAAGCGCUCGUCCGGGGCUUCUACGAGGUGGUGGAUUCCCGGCUGGUGUCGGUGUUCGAUGCCAGGGAGCUUGAGCUGGUCAUCGCCGGUACAGCGGAGAUUGACCUGAACGACUGGAGGAGCAACACGGAAUACAGAGGAGGCUACCACGACGGACAUAUCGUUAUCCGGUGGUUCUGGGCUGCGGUGGAGCGUUUCAACAACGAGCAGAGACUACGUCUGCUGCAGUUCGUGACGGGCACAUCCAGCGUGCCAUACGAGGGCUUCGCCACACUGCGCGGGAGCAAUGGCAUGCGCCGGUUCUGCAUCGAGAAGUGGGGCAAGGUCUCCUCCCUGCCCAGGGCACACACGUGCUUCAACCGCCUGGAUCUCCCCUCAUACCCCUCCUACACGAUGCUGUAUGAGAAGCUGUUGAUCGCCGUGGAGGAAACCAGCACUUUUGGUCUAGAAUGAUGACCCCAAGCGACCCGUCCAGGUGACGGCAAAGCCAUUUGACAUCCUUCUGAAAUGAAUGUGACUUUUAAUGGACCUGCAUGUGCACUCAUAAAAUCCAAUGUAUGCAAAGUCUAUAUCAGGUCACUCCCAGGCUUCUCCUAAUUUAACGCCUUUAUGCGAGUGCAGUAUACCUACGCCCCCCCCCCCUGCAGUGAUGUCACCAAGGACCCCGCCCCCAUCUCAGGGGUCCUCUCAUCUCAGUCAUUUAAGAAGAAUGUUCCAUGACUGCAGACCAAACAGGACUUUCCAGUGUCUGUAUAUAUAUUUUUGUACAGAAUGAUGACAGCUUUAUUUGCUAAAUAAUUACUCUAUUUAUACCAUAGUAAACAUUUUAACGCCCAUUUUUCACCAAGUACGUCUAUGCUAUACUAAGAAUGGGGCUAUGGCAAGGCAACAUAUGUAGCAUACACUCAUGUAGUGGUUAUACCAUGGAGGAUUCACUAAAAGACACUAUGGAUGACACCCCGGAUGGUAUCGUGGGGGAAUCACUAGAGGACACCCUGGAUGGUACCCUGAACGGUCCAUAAGGGCUUUCCUAGUGUCUUUCUCCAGACUGUUGCCUUAGAUAUACCAUGCCAAGAUGGUUCCUCUUGACGGUUCUCCGAGUUCUAGAAAUGCACUCAUGUGAUGGAGUAGAAGAGCUGGGAGUAUGAGGAAUCUGUAGAAACGUAAGGGGUUUGAGGGCGACACAGCUGAAUAUGAAUUCUGUACAUUUUAAUUCUAUGCCAAUGUGACAUCUUUCAUCUCAAUAAUUAUACUUAAGUGUUUGUUUAACCACAGAGAGACUGGGGUGUAGAAACUGGUCGAUCUCCAUUCUACUUUUACUCAUAAUUCAUAGUAUGAUAUAAAAUCCUAAGUGGCCCAUUUGCAAUAUGCUCAUUAUAACAUCUUACCUGUAUGCAUUUGUUAAUGCAAUAUGUUUACAUUUAUAAAUCGAUUUUCUUACUUAUAUCUGUACACGUGGUAGGGUCUAAGGGGACAACUGAAAAGUGUGCGGUAUUCACAAGGUGUUAAGAAACAGAGGAAUCAAAAUCCAAUCAAACGUCUGCAUGGGAAGCUGUAAUAAGAGCUAAUCCUCUGUCGUGCUUUAUAAUAAAAAUUAUUACUUUUUUAUAAAAGCAUUUGGUGUAAUUAUAAAUGUUUACAUUUUCCUAUUUUCUAUAAUCUUUUUGAUGUUAAAGGUAACGUAAUAAUAAGGGUUCUUAUUUUUAGAAAUACGUUUGCAGUCGGGAUAAUAAUUUUGAAUGUGUGAUUUUGUAAAGUUUUGUUUUUUUUAUAUGACUGUCAAUUGUACAAAGUGUAACAUUGAAAGGAAAGGUUUCUGUUAAUUUUUAUCAUUGUAAUGGUAAGAGGCAAAAAUUCCACCAUAGAUUACUUUUGCCAUAAAUCCAUAACCUCAUCAUUCCCUUGAAAAUUAUUAAUGGGUAAAUUGUAAGUAGUACCACUGACAAGAACUUAAGUAAAAUUGUAAUUUAUAACUUGCAUUCACUACUGUACUUGUGUAUAGGUUCUUUCUGUGAACGAAGAGAAAAUACACAGAUUUCUGGCUCAACAUACACGCUAUAGCCUGGAGAAUUCUCUGGCUUUACACCUGCCAAGUGUUUUGGCUCUACAUAACACGCUAUGACCUACAGGAUUUUCUUACCCUACACAACACACACCAGUCCAUUUCUUUGAUUCUGCAUAACACACCAUGACCUGCAGAGUUAUCUGACUUUACAUGAUACACUAUGACCGGAGGAGUUCUCUUAAUCUAUAUAACACACACAUCUGCAGAGUGCUCCAUCUCUAUGUGACACACUAUGACUCGCAGAGUUCUCUUGGUCUAUGUAACAUACAUAUGCAGAGUUCUCUGACUCUGCAUAACACCCUGAGACCUGCAGAGUUCUCUGGUUCCACCUGCACACAAUGACCUGCUGAGUGUUCUGAUUUUGUUAAAGUGCUCCACUGUGAAUUUACUUGCUUCUUUUGACUUGUUCUUGCAAGUCAGUCUCUUCCAGCAAUUCAAAACAGUGCUGUUAAUAUUCCAUCAUAUAUAGCCAUCUUCCUGCUAAAGACACUUUCUAAAUGUCAGAGCAUGACCAAGCACAACUACUGUACCACCUACUUGUUCAGCCGUUUUGUGUUUAGACUCGGAAUGCUGUGUUCUCACUUCUGUCUAAUUUUAACCUGUGUUGCCUGUUUGUUCCUGCUGUACUUUGAAUUCUCACUCACGCUCUUUGCUGAUGUGUACAGAUCAUAACUGCUGGUUUCCAGUGUCUUGUUCAAGACUCUGUUGAAAUUGCUUUCUGUAAAUAGUAAACAAACUAUGAUUGCAUCGGCUAAAGGGAAAUAUGUGACCAAAAUUGCUAAAACUGAAGGUAAUUGAACUGAAUGUAAAUUUUUAUUUACAGCCUGCAGCUCAUGUACAUUAAUAAUGGGGCACAAAUUGACUAAUAAAACUGAGGUACAAUUAUUGUAAUAGUACUAUUUAUUGGAAGACAUAUUUAAUCAAUGCUGAUUCAAAAGUUUAAUCAGAAUAUGCAGUAACAGUUAUGGUCAGAAAGUAUUCUCUCUCUAUGUAUUGUUAAGUUUUCUAAGUGAACAUUUUGUUUGUUUAAAUUAAUAUAUGUGCCCCCAUCUCAUAUUGUAUGAAUAAUAUCCUCCAAAAGGCAUGAUUUGUUGUUGUACUUUUAAGAGAAAUGUGAACCAUUUUUUUGACAGAACGAAGAAUAUGUUUCAAACAAUAUAUUCCUUCUAAGUGAACAUGACAAAAAGAAGAAUAGGAGACAGUGAUGUUCUGGUGUGUUUAUUGUAUCCCACAAUCCUUUGCUCUCUACUUCUGUUCCUUAUUUUACAUAUCUGAUCUUUCUGCUGGAAAAACUCUUGUCAAAGUUGUUUUCAUAUAAAGGCUGGUUUGCUUUGAUUCAACAACAGGUCACAUUUACUCAGGCUGUGUUUCCUGUCUUAUCGUUACUGUAGAUGAAUGUCAAUAAACACACACUUGCACACGC